UUGCGUCAGCUUCGCUUGCACCAUUUGUCUGAAACCACCAAACUCUUCCUCUCUCUCUCUCUCUCUCCAUUUGUUUUGAUUUGAUUUACUUUCUAAAAAAAAAAGUAGAAAACCCACAACGAAAGUCUCGAAACAUCUUACGAUUUUUUGAUUGAAUGGGUUCUGGGUUCUCUCUCUUCACCAAUGGUUCAUCAUCUUCUUCUUCCUCUCGCGAGAGAGAUCUGUCGAAGCCCGGUCUGGAUGAUUUGCCCGAGAGCUGCGUGGCGUUGAUCCUCGAGAGCUUGGAUCCGGUCGAGAUCUGCAGAUUCUCGAAGCUAAACAGAGCUUUCCACAGCGCUUCCUGGGCUGAUUUCGUCUGGGAGUCGAAGCUCCCUCAAGACUACAGGUUGAUUCUCGAGAAAAUCCUCGGGGGUUUCCCGGAAAAGCUGCGCAAAAGAGACGUCUACAACUUCCUCUCUCGUGUUAAUUCCUUCGACCAAGGCACAAAGAAAGCUUGGGUGGAUAAACGAACCAGUGAUCUCUGUUUAUACAUAUCGGCCAAGGGAUUGUCGAUCACCGGAAUUGAUGAUCGGAGAUACUGGAAUCACGUUCCCUCUGAUGAAUCUCGAUUUGGUUCGGUGGCAUAUCUUCAGCAAAUCUGGUGGUUUCAAGUCGAUGGAGAAAUCGAUUUCCCGUUCCCAGCUGGAACCUACAGCGUCUUCUUCAGGCUUCACCUGGGCAAACCGGGAAAGCGGUUUGGUUGGAAGGUUUGCAACACUGAACAGAUUCACGGUUGGAACAUUAAACCGGUUCGGUUUCAGAUUUGGACUGAAGAUGGUCAACACUCUUCGUCUCAAUGCAUGUUAACCGGAUCGGGAAGCUGGAAUCACUACCAUGCCGGAGACUUUGUGGUUCGAAAAUCUAAAAGCUCGUCGAUGACUAAGCUUAAGUUCUCCAUGACGCAGAUCGAUUGUACACAUACCAAAGGAGGGUUGUGUGUGGAUUCUGUGAUUGUGUAUCCGAGCUCGUGUAAGGACCGGUUGAGGCGGGUUUAAGUGUCUAAACCGAUGUUUGGUUUUGUUUAGAAGGAGUUUUUAAUCCUUUGGGGUAAAGAGAAAUUAGGGUAAUUACUACUAAUUAGGGUCUUUGUUUUAUAAUAGUUUUAGGUUCAAUGUGUAAAAUUUGAGUUUGAAGUUGAAGAGUUUCCAUUUAA